GAUUCUUGAAUCUCGUUAGGAAAAUCACUCAUGAGACAUUUUCCGUACUGUUAUGUCGUACGACAUCUGAAAUGCAAUUCUUGAACUCCACACGACAUAUGAUUGUGAAACGAAAUUAUUUUGUCACACACGAAAUAUUUUUCACAUGAACCAAGUUGGUUACUAACGUUAUCAUGAUUAUAAUAAAUAAUAAUUGUGAUAACACCACCGUUAUCGCGGUAUUUUGAUUGUAAUGGAUGUAUCGUAAUUCGUAGUUACACGCAUAGUAUGGUUACUAAACUUUUUAUAAUUCUAUACCUAGUUUUAUAAGUUUAUAUAUAUGAUGUAAACUUAUACUUAGGUACUGUUAAACAAAGUUACAACUUAUAAGUACAACUACCAAGUUUAUAAAGUAGGUACAAUAAUUGGUUUUUUAAUGGAAGACUCCAAAAAAAUAUAUUGUUCGAAAACGCAAAAAGAGAUGCUCAUCCAAUUUCUGACAAAAGAUUCACAAUUAAUUUCUGGUAAGUUUACAAGCACUUUCACGUUUAAGCAUGCUCGUGACAGAUGGAUUGAAAUCGCCGACACUUUAAAUGCAAUUCCCGGCUGUGUCAAUGAUUGGAGUCAAUGGAAAAGAGUAAGAAAUGACUUAAAUUACUUCUACAUAAAUCUAACUAUAGGAAAUAAUCUAUACUUUAUUCUUAUUGUAUUUUAUCUUAAGACUUGGCAAGAUUCACGUAGUAAGGUUAGAAGUAAAAAAGCUAUGGUAAACAGGCAUGUAAAUGGUACAGGUGGAGGACCACAAAUAUCGCAAACACUUACUCCAAUCGAGAACCAAAUUCUUGAUCUUGUUAAUCCUAUCACAAUUGAUGGAGAUGAGACCAUUUCAAUGCCGGUUACUAAUUUUGAGUUUGGUGACAUAAGCAAAUUCCCGGUACAAAUUGAAUGUGUAAGUCCAGAUGAAGGAAUUAGUAUGUAUACUAUACCUACCAUGCAGCCUGUAGAGGAAAAUAACUGUGCUAUAACGCCUAUAUCCAUUGAUAGAGUGGAAAAAAAAUGUGAUAAAAAAAAGGUCGAAACAUUAUCUACAGCAAAACGUUUAACCAAUAGUCUAGCUCUUGGUAGAGACAUUUUUGAAAUUGGAGAUCAAAAACUAAAGCUAAAAGAAAAAUACUAUGAACAAAAAAUUGCCCUCUUAGAAAGGCAAACAGUAGCAUUAGAAAAUAUAGCUGCUGCUAAACAAAAUAAAUUGUAAUGUAUACUAUAAAAAUGGUUUAAUUUAGUAACUAAAAGACUAAUUAUGAUUUU